AUGCCCUUGUCCAGAGGCCGCUCAGGACCGCACUUCCCUUUAUUCCGCAGUCUCAGCGCCAGUGCCGCCAACACCACCAGUAACAACCCAGGCGACACCCCAGGUGACACCACCACCACCACCACCACCACCACCACUUUGACAACCACGUCGGCCAAAGCCACAGACGAUGAUGACAGCCCUCCCGCCAGGUCGCCAUCCGGGUCCAUGGGAUUUAAUCUUCCUACCUUAGCAAGUCUAGCCAACCUGAAUAUCCAUCGCCGGAGUCGUGCCAAAUCCGGGGCAAAGCGAAGGAGUUUGGAUAGUCGAUUCAGAAGAAGCCGGAGCAGAGAGCCUCAGCUGGAGCCAGCCCCGAUUCCUGCUGAUACGGAUACUCCUCCUACACAUACGAAUAUUCGUACACAGACUACUACGACUAGUUACACUGCUAAGGCCGAUUCCGUCAAGCCUCUGGAUCCGUCUCCGCCCAAUGAGACAGUCGCCGAGUCCGAUCCCGACACUCCAAAGGCACCAGCCACACCUCCAUCAGCCAUUCUUCUGCCACCACUCGAACCCACCCGAAGCAGCAACCCAGGACUCUCUGCUACGACUGAGGCCACUCACCUCGAUCCUCCUGCGCCUGUCCCUGCUGCCACGACAUCGCCCUCCAAGGCAAUCUCAAUCCGCCCUCGUGCUCCCUCGCCGGCCGCCGGCGCGCCCAGUCCAGUCUCCGUGGCUUCCGAUCCUCCCCUUCUCCUCCUCCAGCGACCCUCCACCCCGACCGUCCAUACCCUUCCUAGCAGCCUGCCAUGUUCUCGACAUGGUAGCCCCGAAGCAAUGCAGAGAAAGAUAUGGGUGAAGCGACCCGGCGCCUCCCCUACGAGAGUCGAAGUGGCCGAAGACGACCUGGUCGACAACGUCCGCGAUGUUAUUCUGCGAAAAUAUGCCAACUCGCUCGGCCGGAGCAUCGACGCCCCAGACAUCAUUUUGAAAAUCGUGAGCCGCGAACAAAGUAACAAAAUUGUGACCACAGAGCGGGUGCUGGGACCCGAGGAACCGAUUGGGGCCACCCUCGAUGCAUACUACCCUGGGGGACAGAAGCACGACGAGGCGCUCGUCAUUGAAGUCCCUCCCCGCCGAACUCCCCGUCCAUCUCCUCGCUCCGGAAACCAUCAGAUUUCCUAUAUCUAUCAAGACCAAUACCGACCUGAUGAUGCCGCUCGAGAAUACUUCCCCCCCAUGCCCCUCCACUCUCCACACCUGGCCCAAGUACAACACAACGGCGUUCCUCAUGCCAUGACGGUUCUGACCACGGGUCAGCUGCCGCCGUUACCCAGCCCAGGUUCGCACGGGCAAAGGAGGCAUGGACGACCCAAAUAUGGCAGGCAGCAUACUAGUAGCCCCACCAUCCUACAUACCGUCCAACCCAACGGGCAAGUCAUUGAGUCUAAAUCGCAGAUGAACGGCACCGUUCCCUCAGCACCUCCGCUUCCCACCCCGCCUGCGGCGCAAGGUUCCAACGAGCACAGUUCAUCCAUCACUCCCCCGAACCGAGUUUCGUCUCCACAUCCGGGUCAAAAAUCCAAGAAGAGAAGGAGUGCGUUCGCUGGCCGAGGGACCGGUGGUGACCCUCCGUCGUCUUCCCAGCCUGCUGCAGCAGCCCUAUUGGAUGGCACGGUUCCACCGAUCAAUGUCCUCAUCGUGGAAGACAACGUCAUCAACUUGAAACUCCUCGAAGCUUUCAUGAAGAGACUAAAGGUCCGAUGGAAGUCGGCCAUGAAUGGUAAAGAAGCCGUGGCAAUGUGGAGGACUGGAGGAUUUCAUUUGGUUUUAAUGGAUAUCCAGCUCCCUGUCAUGAACGGACUCGAAGCGACCAAGGAGAUUCGACGACUCGAGGCUGUAAAUGGAAUUGGUGUCUUCGGUGGAAGCCCCAUUGACGCCGGUGCGAAGAUGGCCGCGAAGAAUGGGGGUCCAGUAGGAGAGGCCGAUGCCCUACCAGACCGAAGCUUGUUCAAAAGUCCCGUCAUUAUUGUGGCUUUGACCGCCAGCAGUUUACAAAGUGACAGGCAUGAAGCGUUGGCGGCUGGAUGCAACGACUUCUUGACAAAGCCUGUCAACUUUGUAUGGAUGGAGCGGAAAGUCACGGAAUGGGGAUGUAUGCAAGCUUUGAUCGACUUCGAUGGAUGGAGGAAAUGGAAACAAUAUGCUGAUGAAAAGGCCCAAGAAGAUCCGGCUAAGAAGGCCGCAGAGGAGAAGGAAGAAAAGGCCAAAACCAAAGCGGCAUUGAAAGCCAUGUUCUCUCGGCCUCCACCCGGUGUAAAGAAAGACAGUGGAGGGAGUACUGGCUCGUCGACUUCAACGGAAAGAACGCCAACGCCGGUGCGCAAUGGGUCUGCAAAGAAGAGCGCGAGUCCGAGUCCGACAGGAGGAAGCUCCCGCAACCCCAAACUGACUCGAAGCAAUCCGGGCAGUGGGGGCGGAGGGAGUGGAGGCUUAGAAAGCAUGGCGGAGGAGGACGAGAAGGGGUCAUGA